AAACCAGUGAGAAACAAGAUGCGACAAAGGGGACACCACAAAGUGAACCCAAAAUUACCGCCUCAAAGCAAUGGGGAGUUCAUGCUCUAAACGGACGGAUGGAAGUCCAAGGUCAACGCACAUUCAAGAGUUUGGGAUUCGCUUUGCGGCAAAAGCAAGCUGAAUUUGAUGCAAGGAGAUACUCUGCCACUGCAUGGCCAAGCCCAAGUACCGUGAAGGUAGAGCCCAACAGAGGCCAGGCCAAGCUCUCAUACAGCAGUUGAGGUCAUUGGAGAGUUCUGCAAAUGUGAGCAAGGUUUUAACGACACUUCGACGAAAGGGCAGCCUGUUGCAUCCAGAGGAUGUCCGAGUGGCCAUUCUGUGCCUUGGGGAUGAAGGCUUUUGGCAGGAAGGUUUGCAGCUCCUGCACGCCAAGUUGAGAGCACCUUACACACGAACACCAAGGAUGUACAGCGCUGCUGCGACCAUCCUGGAUGACCAAUGGGCCCUAGUUUUCCAGCUUCUCAAGGAUGCACGGCAAGAAGGGGCGCUCGAUGUACAGGUCCUCAACAGUGCCAUGGCCACCCUGAACAAAGCCAACUUGCCGGAGCUUGCCACGACUAUAUUUCACUCUGCGGAUGAGCUUGAAGUGGAAAUGAACACCUGCUCAUUUAAUACAGCCAUUCAAAGCCAAAGCCUUGCUGGGAACUGGCCGAAGGCAGUCGGACUGCUCAAGGCAAUGUGGCGAGAGUUGGCAAUGCCAGACAUUAUCAGUUACAACACCGCCAUUUGGGCAUCCGCCAGUGACGGUAGUUGGGAAGUGGCACUGGAGCUGUUGCGAGAAGUUUGGCUAGAAGGCUUGCCAGUGUCGAUCUCCACAUUCACAGGAGCUAUUUUGGCAUGUGCACGGUCUGGCCAGUGGCAACGUGCCCUGCUUCUUCUAGCGGAUGCACGGACACAGCUAUUGCCACCUGAUGUGCCAUCCCAUGCAGCUGCAAUCCACGCAUGCAGCGAAGCUGCAAAGUGGCAGCAGAGCCUGCUUUUGCUGACAGACAUGGCUGGACACAAGACAUGGCCUGAUCUCGUGACGUUCAACACUGCCAUUCUUUCUUGUGCUCGAGGCCAGCAAUGGAGAUGGUCCUUGCGGCUGCUCUCCGGUAUGCUGCUAGAUCAAGUUCUUCCAGAUGUCACCACGCAUAGAGCAAUGGUGGAAGCGUACACGUGUUCCUGGAAGUGGGAAGAAGCACUGGCUGCAGUUGCUGAGCUGGAAGGCUUCACUGGAAGCAGUGAUGCCCAGGGUCGAAGUUCUGCCAUGAGUGCCAUAGGAAUUUGCAGGCAGUGGCAAUGGGCUGUGCAGUUGCUUGGUGACUUGGGCUUGCAAGCAGAUGCGAUUGCCUGGAAUAGCUGUAUCAGUGCAUGUGCAGCUGCCAACCGCUGGCAACAGGCUUGCUAUUUGCAUACAAAUGCCCUUCACUUCGGAGCAACAUUGGAAGGUUUUCAAGGAGCUCUGAGAGCUUGCAGCACGCCCAAAGCAUGGCGAGCUGCUCUUGGACUUCUGGACGAGAUGGCAACUCAUCGAGUCAUUCCAAGCUUGAGAAGUCUUACUUCUGCAAUUAGCAGCUUUACCAGUGGUCAGUGGCGCCAUGUGUUGGCACUCAGUGGACAGCUUGGGAAGCCAGAUGCAAUUCUCCAGACCAAAGUCCUGUCUGAAGUGGGAAAGAGCAACUGGCCUUUGGCACUGUGCCUGCUUCAAGGUGAUGACACUGCAGAACUUGGGAGUGCGACAGGCUGUGCUGAGGCCGUAGCGGUCGCGGAAGCUGCCAAUGCUGGUGUGGAGGGAAGAGUGUGGCUACAAAAAGCUCAAGGAUGCCUCCAAAGCUGCAUAGGUGGGAAUUGGGACUCCCAGGAAGCAGUGAUAGCAUCAGAACUCCUGUUGGAGUACGACCAUUUUGACUACCGGGAGCAGCGUGCUCUAGGCAGAAGAAUGGUGCAGCCGGUGAUUUCACCACUUUUUGCACUGAAGGCCACUGAAAUCGAAGCGGAGGAGGAGUUCAUUUUCCCAAGGAGCAGCAGGCUUUGGAUCAACCUUCCAAAAAUAAGGAGUAAAGGGGCAGCCAUUUGGAAGAGAAGGUACCUGGAAGAGAUGGCUUCACCCAAAUCUAAGACUUCUCUUGAACUGUCUGAUUUGGUGCGUGGGCACUUCAGCUUGGGCUCCCAUGGAACCCAUGAAGUACUUGCGAAGGCGGGUAUGGCAAGUUCUGAUGGCUGGCUCCUCUUUGCAAGGCAAACCACGAGAGGGGUGCUCUCGGGUGCGGAGGCCGCUCAAUGGCCCACACACAUCUCGCUUUCACUGAACUGGUGUGGGGCGAGGCAGCUUGUAGGCCAAAGCAGUGAAAAUGUGGAUAUGGAGGAGUUGCCUGCCACCUUCUCGAGUUUCUCCACGCACUCUGAGCGGCAAGGCCUUUUGCUUGUGCUCAAGCGCUUAAGGGCUGCAAGGCAUGCUACCAGCUGCAUCACUCCGCUGCAGCCCCGAGACGAUGACCACAAUGACCUUUGGCUUCGGGACGAACUGGACCAAUGGGACCAACAGGACCAACGGGACCAGGACCGAAAGCUGCAACGGCCUCUUGAUGCCAAAGCCUUCGAUGUGCGACGGCCAAAAGCUUCCACAGCCCCAGCAUCGAAGGCAUCGAGGGCAAAGGCAGCCACGGCAGCCACGGCAGCCACGGCACCUGGGCGCAGCCGUGCUGAGGUCGAUGCAUUGAUCCGGGCUGAGGCGGCAGAUGCAGAAUUCAAAGCACAGGAGCUCUUGGAGCGUUUUGCCGUGAAGAUGGAGGGAGAUGCGCGGCAAUGGCUCCAACUGGCCAAGGAAGCUCUUGAAAUCGCGAGUCGUGGACGAAGUCGGGCUGCCGCUGCAGCCUCUGCCAUUGUCGCAGUUCAACGAGCGGUGGGAGCUUCAUCUGAUGUCAAAAAAGCACAAAAGGAAGCAUCUGAUGCUGUGAGAGCACUUGGCGAUGCCUUGGUUUGGCGCUGCCAGGAAGUGUCUCCACAGAGAUCCAGAAGUGGCUUCAAACAGACAAUGGAAGAGGCAAUUGGUGGACCUCUGACGCAAGCUGAGUGGGCCCGAUACUUUUACACCCACAAGGUGGUGGUCGCCAAGAAGUUCCCAGAGCUGGACUUCAAGGCUCCAGCACGCAGAGCAAGUGACGGGUGAAUGAUUUGACGCUGUGGCCACUCAAGAAGCUGGACAUACUACGGGUUUUCCCAACACGACUUUGGAGGAGGGCCAAGAGCCCGAUUGGCCAAGCUGUGUCUGCCCUGAACACUCGCCAAGGCAGUGCAAGAGAUGCUAAAAGUGUGGUUCCUGCAGGAGAAGUACCCUAACUUCGACCCUGCGGAUAACCCUAAGGAGACAGACUUCAUGAUGCAGCACUGCAGGCA